CUCCCGCCAGGGUUCCACCUGCUGCCCUCACCAUGUCCCAGAACCCAAGAUGCGUUCACUGUGGAGGCUUCUGGUCCUCCUCAGCUUGCUGGCCUUGCCCUCGGCGCUCCACAAGCAGCACUGGCCCAGCCUGGCCAAGACCCACACAGAGAGCAAAUCGGCUCUAGCAAGAAUUAUUGCCCAGGGCCUCAUGAAGCACAAUACAGAGAGUCGAAUCCAGAACAUCCGCCUCCUGGAAAGUCUGAAUGCCUCUGGGCAGACGGCCCCGGGAAUGGUCGGCUGGCUAAUUGCCAGCACGAGCCCUCAGCAGCAUCAAGAAGUCAGCGCCAACAUCACCAACAUUCAGCUGGACUAUGGCGGGAUCCGGAUGUCUUUCCAUAAGGAGUGGUUCUCAGCAAACAUCUCACUUGAAUUUGACAUUGACUUGAGACUGCCCUUCAGUAACCAGGUCAUAAAGACACAUGCACGCAUGAACCUCGCUGUGGAGUUCUGGCUGGAGAAAGAUGAGUUUGGCCGGAGGGAUCUGGUGAUAGGCAGCUGCUGCGUGAAGCCCAGCAGCGUCCACACGACAGUCCUCACUGAAGAUAUCCCACCAAAGAUGAAACAUGUUUUCCUCACCCUCAGAGACAACUUGGAAAAAGUUAUCCCACAUCUGAUAGAAAGUCAGGUGUGUCCUCUGAUUGAUGAAAUCCUCAGGCAGCUGGAUGUGAAACUGUUGAAAAGCCUUAUGGAGCAGGCUAUUGCUCAUGAACUCAACCAACUUUGAGUCCAGCCAACCUUCCAGGAGCCAGACUUGAGCGCCCUCCAGCUGCCCACUGAUGAUCAGAAGGAGAUUCCACAUUUGGAGACCUUACGUCUUCCUCAGAGUGGGGCUCCCGAUGCCCCACUUUUACCACAGGCCCUGUGGACUUCCUGUCCUCUUCCAUAAUAAAUUCUAGCUCUGAAGGGU